AUACCGGUUGACCAGACUGUUGUACAGAAGUUAUACCAGUACAUAAAUCAUCAAAUAGUCAAACGGAUAAGUAAGAGCUAAUUUAAAGUUCUACAGUCUUUUUACACCGUUGAGGUCACAUGACAGUGUUGUCAGCUGGGUAGGACGUUGCAAAGAUGGUGAUCUUCAGUGUGUAUGUGGUGAACAAGGCUGGAGGUUUAAUUUACCAAUAUGACAACUAUGUCCCAAGAGCGGAGGCCGAGAAAACAUUUAGCUAUCCUUUAGAUCUGGUGCUCAAACAUCACGAUGAAAAGGUCGUCGUGUCGUUCGGACAACGAGACGGAAUCAGAGUGGGCCAUGCAGUGCUGUCCAUCAAUGGAGUUGAUGUGAUAGGAAAGAACACAGCGGAGGGAAAGGACAUACUGGAAUACUUGAAAGAUUCCUCAAAUUAUCCAGUGUCUAUUCGAUUUGGACGGGCACGCCUGAGCUCCAAUGAAAAGCUGAUGCUGGCGUCCAUGUUCCACUCGUUGUUUGCUAUAGGUUCACAGCUGUCUCCUGAAGUUGGCAGUUCAGGGAUCGAGAUGCUAGAAACAGACGUCUUCAAACUCCACUGCUUCCAGACUCUCACAGGGAUAAAGUUCAUUGUGCUCGCAGACCCUCGACAAUCUGGCAUUGAUGCACUGUUGAGGAAGAUUUAUGAAAUCUAUUCAGAUUUUGCCCUCAAGAACCCAUUCUAUUCUCUGGAAAUGCCAAUCAGGUGUGAACUCUUUGAUCAGAAUCUGAAGAGUGCAUUGGAAAUAGCAGAGAAAGCUGGAAACUUUGGAGCUGGAUCAUGAACCAGAGAGGACUAAAGAGACAACAUGAAUUUGCCUUUUCUGAUCACAGGAGAUGUAAUGAACUUCUAUGACUGAGGAUGUUGGUGAGAGAAGUGAAGCUGAUUUUCUUUGCUUCUUUGGACUGGAAUUUGACACAUGUAAAUAUAUAAUGUUCUGUAAAUACUUAAAGAUUAAACUCAUGU